UAUGUUGCUAAAGAAACAAAUCCAUGUGAGAGCCUUGAUUAAGUGGGUCGUCCAUUCUCAUCCAUAAGAUCUCUAAGUAAUUCACCUAGUAUAAAUAGCUAGCAAAAGCCUAAGGAAUUUCAUCAAACUCCAAAACUUAUCUCUUUCAAAUUAAGAACACUAUCAUUCCUCUCAAGUUCUUACACGAUCCAUAUGGCUAUUCGUUUCCCUUCCAUGCUUUCUCAUGCAAAGCAAAUUCUUGCAAGAAAUCAGCAAGUAGUCCCAAAGGGGCAUGUCCCAGUUUAUGUUGGAGAGCAAGCUGAUAAGAAGAGAUAUGUGGUGCCACUUUCUUACUUAAGCCACCCUACAUUCCAAUACUUGCUACAACGUGCUGAAGAAGAGUUCGGAUUUGAUCAUCCCAUGGGUUGUCUUACAAUUCCUUGCUCUACAGAGACGUUCUUCAAACUAACUUCUGAACUCAAGUGCUAAAGGAGCAAUGUUUCACUCACUAUUCAAUUCUUUUGGGGUUUUUUCCUCUUAGAGAUAUCUGUUAACCCUGAACAAAUUAACACUGUAUAGAAUACAAUCUACUUUUUCCCCCCAUCUGGAUCAUUUCAGAGGGGUGGUUCUUACUUGAUAUAUUUUCAAUGACUCGAAUUUUGGAUUACAA